CAGGACAAGGCGACAAGUCGUGUGGAGACAACGGAUGAUUCCCAGCUCCUUCCUUUCCCACCUUCUUUGUUCCUUGUCGACUGCCUCAUGGCAUCUUUUGAACCAUUCUCAUUCCAACCACUUCUCUCAAUCCCCAACAAAUAAAACCCACUACUAUUAUCAAGCAAAAUUAACCACAGAAAAAGAAAAAAAAGGUAGAACAAAACACGGAGAAGAAAACACUACCCACCGUCUUAACCUUGGAAUCCAUGAGAAACGUCGAUCCAAAUCCAAGAAUAAAUAGUACCGAGGCAAGAAGAUGCCGUUCAUUCAAAAGGCGAAACCAAGUCCUCGAUCCCUCUCUCGCUUUUCCAUUGUUCUCUUUCUCAUUUGGUGGCACGAAAGAAUUUUUCAUGAAGCUUCUCUCUCCGCUUCCCUUUAAAUUCUGACACCUACCCUUGUCUUCCCUACUCACCCCCCGUUGCUGACUCCUGCACCCUCUCUCCUUUCUUGCAUGUCCAUCUGUAACUCAGAGAGAGAGAGAGAGAGAGAGAAUGCAAGAAGAUACUGGAGAGGAGAUGCUAAGUCUAAACUUGGGUAUUAGUAGCACUUGGUGUUCGAGCACUACGAAGAAGAGGAAGAGAAUAGAUGAAAGUAAUGUUAUUUCUUGCGGUGCCUUAAUGCGGGACGUCUUGGAUAAAAAGUUCUUCGGGUUGCUUCAAGGGAGGGAGAGAAUGUUAAGAUUAGAUCCCAGGAGGAAUGGGUUGGAGGAUGGAGGAGGUCUGCAAUUGAUUCAUUUGCUUCUCGCGUCUGCCACUGCGGUUGACGCAAACAACAUGAUCUCAGCCAUCAACGCCUUGCAUGAAUUGUACCAGCAUGUCUCGACGAAUGGUGAUCCGAUCCAACGGGUUGCAGCUUACUUUGCCGAUGGCUUGACUGCUAGGCUUCUAACAAAGAGCUCUCCUUUCUACCAAACAAUCAUGGCCCAUCCUGCACCAGAAGAAGAGUUCUUGGCCUUCACCGAACUCUAUAAGGCGUCUCCUUUCCACCAGUUUGCUCACUUCACCGCCAACCAAGCGAUAAUGGAGGCGUUCGAGGAGGAGGAGGAGCAUAAUGGAAGAGGCUUGCAUGUGAUAGAUUUCGAUGUGUCGUCUGGAUUCCAGUGGCCUUCUUUAAUCCAAUCACUUUCCGAUAAAGCCACAAGGAGCAAGCCGAUCUCUCUUAGAAUUACUGGAAUCGGUAGAAGCGUUGAGGAACUCAGAGAAACUGAAAUGAGGCUCGUCAACUUCACAAAAGGCUGUGAUAACUUGCAAAUGAAAUUUGAAGGGCUGCUGAGAGGUUCAGCACGUAGUGAUUUCAAGAUCGAAAAGAAUGCGACGCUCGUCGUAAACUUGGUUUUUUACCUGCAAAACUUGAGGAGCUCUUCGGAGAUAUCUGAUGUUUUGAUGGGUAUCUAUUCAUUGAAUCCAUCUCUGGUGGUCGUCGUAGAGAAAGAAGGUGGCCAAAGACCACGUACCUUCUUAUCAAGAUUUAUGGAGUCUUUACAUUAUUAUGCAGCCAUGUUCGAUUCGCUGGAUGACUGCCUUCCUGCUGAGAGCACUGAGAGGCUAAAAAUUGAGAAGAACCAUCUGGGUAGAGAGAUCAAGAUUGCCAUGACUGAAGAGGAGAAGGAAAAGGAAAAGCAUCUGAAGUUUGAGAGGUUGGAUACAUGGAAGGGAAAGAUGGAGAGCUUCGGGUUCCAAGAAAUAAAAUUGAGUUCAAGGUCUGUGGGCCAAGCAAAGCUUCUCUUGAAGAUUAAGAGUCACUUGUCAACCAUAGAGAAUGAUGGUGUCUGUGGGUUUCGAAUUCUUGAGAGAGAUGAAGGGCGGGCAAUAUCUUUAGGAUGGCAAGACAGGCACCUAACAACAGUCUCUGCAUGGCACUGCGUACGGUCACCCAAUCACUCACUUGAUGCAGCUUGUAGCUGGCCAAAUGUUUCCAGCCUCCGUCCACAGUAAUUAUUAUAUAAUUGUACAAUGCGCUAAUCCAUUUAGUUUUUUUGUUAUUUUUAUCCCGGAUAAUGUUGAUAUUUCAAAUAAAGAUUAUGCCUGUCUCAUACACUAUCACUGCUUUCAUUUGUCAAAAGCAUCGAUGAAUCAGUUGGACAUA